AAACUGCUCAUAAACUACUGAAUUUAAAAGCUAAAAAAGUUUUGGAGGAAACAGUAGAUCAACUCUUAACCUUGAAACGUAAAAGAGUACUGUUGAUAUUGGGUAGUGGGGGAACGGGGAAAUCAACAUUUAACCGCUACCUUGCUCGUAAGCUAUGGUAUGAAUUUGAUGAACAAAAAGUAACGCAGCCACCUAUUCCUUUAUUUAUCGCACUAGCGCCACUUGAAGGGCUGAUAAAUCAAAAUCAGGAUUUUAUUGAAGCUUAUUUACUGAAAGAGGGCAAACUACUCCCAGAUCAAAUUGAUAGUUUACGGGAAAGGAAAUUUGUAUUUAUUUUAGAUGGUUAUGAUGAGAUUGUUGGACGUGAACGUGAUUGCUAUAACAGCAAUAUGUUCUCUAGAUGGAAAAAUGCGAAGAUUAUCAUCAGUUGUCGACCAGAAUACUUAGGCGAAGGGUUCCAGGAAUUGACAAUUACCCCAUUUUCGCAGGUUGAAAUAGAACAGUAUAUCAACAAUUAUGUUGAUUAUUUCCAGAAGAAUGGUGAUCCAUUAACGUGGGACGCCGACAAAUAUAUACGACAAAUAAAUAACAUGCCGCAAGUACAAGAUCUUGCGUCUAAUCCUAUUCUAUUAAAAAUUACUUUAAAUGUUUUACCAAGCAUUAUCGAAGAAAAAGAGACUUCUCAGAUAAAUCGUAUAGCUUUGUAUGACGAAUUUAUUAAGAAAUGGUUUGAACGUGCUCAGAUUCGCCUGUCAAACAUUCAAUUAAAGUCUGAUGAAAAAGAUGAGUUUGGAAGUUUGGAUGAAGAUGGUUUUUAUGAACAUUGUCUACAUUUUGGUAAAAAAUUUGCUGCUAAGAUGUUUGAGGACAAUAACAAAGUAGUUAUCAAUAUUGGUUUUUUCCAUAAAUCAUUACGAGAUUAUUUGAUUGCUUGUGAGUUGAUAGAUUCAUUCGAAAAUACGUCAGAAACAACAUUCUUCAACAAGCAGUCGAUUAUGCCAGAACCUGCAAUCCAGCAAUUUAUAGUUGAACGAAUUCAACAAAAGCCAGAGAUCAAACAACAGAUGUUAAGUUUUAUUGAAUGUUCGAAAAAGAAUGAAAAUAUUCAAAUUGCUUCCGUUAAUGCCAUUACAGUUAUUAUGCUUGCCAAAAUACCACUUCCUCUUUA